AGGCCUGAGCUGCCUCGGCGCAGCAGCCGCCCCCCAGCCCCGCGGCCGCAGCCCGCGUGGCCGCUCCGAGCGCCCCCCGACGGACGCAACCGGCCCACUGGCAGGCCGGCGAGCGGGCGGCCGCCGCGCCAGGCCGGCAGCGCGGGGGUUAAGUGGCCCAAGUAAACGUAGUUCGGCGAUCGGCGCCGGAGAUUCGCGAGCCGAGCGCCCUGCGCGGCCGCCCGCCGGCCUCCCGCCAGCCUGUCCCGACCCGCGGCUCGCCCGCAGAGCGGCGCCCGAGCCAGGUUCUCGGCAGGAAACAAUGAAGGGAGACACCAGACAACUCAACAGAGAGGAGGACGCCAGCGGGAGGGAAGACUCCAUCAUCACUAAUGGGGGCUGCAGCGACCAGUCUUCUGACUCCAAGGAUGCGCCCUCACCCCCUAUCCUGGAGGCUAUCAGCACCCCGGAGAUCAGAGGCCGUAGAUCAAGCUCACGGCUGUCCAAGAGGGAGGUCUCCAGUCUGCUAAGCUAUACUCAGGAUCUGACGGGUGAUGGAGAUGGCGAGGGGGAAGACGGAGAUGGCUCUGACACCCCAGUGAUGCCCAAACUCUUCCGUGAAACCAGGACUCGGUCUGAAAGCCCAGCUGUCCGAACCCGAAAUAACACCAGUGCCUCCAGCCGGGAGAGACCCAGGUCCUCCCCGCGGUCCACCCGAGGCCGGCAGGGCCGCAAUCCCGUGGAUGAGUCCCCCGUGGAGUUCUCAGCUACCAGGUCCCUGAGGCGGCGGACAGUAUCCUUGGCAGGCACGCCGUGGCCGUCCCCAGCCAGCCCCUACCUCACCAUUGACCUCACGGAUGACGAUGUGGUGCCCCAGAGCAGCAGUACCCCCUACACCCGCUUGGCCCAGGACAGCCAGCAGGAUGGCCUCGAGUCCCCACAGGUGGAUGCAGAGGGUAGAGAUGCCGACAGUGCCGAGUAUCAGGAUGGGAAGGAGUUUGGGAUAGGGGACCUUGUGUGGGGAAAGAUCAAGGGCUUCUCCUGGUGGCCUGCCAUGGUGGUGUCAUGGAAGGCCACCUCCAAGCGCCAGGCCAUGUCCGGCAUGCGGUGGGUCCAGUGGUUUGGUGACGGCAAGUUCUCUGAGGUAUCUGCAGAUAAGCUAGUGGCCCUGGGGCUGUUCAGCCAGCACUUUAACCUGGCGACCUUCAAUAAGCUGGUCUCUUACAGGAAGGCCAUGUACCAUGCGUUGGAGAAAGCCAGGGUGCGGGCUGGCAAAACCUUCCCCAGCAGUCCUGGAGACUCGUUGGAGGACCAGCUGAAGCCCAUGUUAGAGUGGGCCCACGGGGGCUUUAAGCCCACUGGGAUUGAGGGCCUCAAACCAAACAACAAGCAACCAGAGAACAAGACUCGAAGACGCACAGCUGACGACUCGGCCACCUCAGACUACUGCCCCCCACCCAAGCGCCUAAAGACCAACUGCUAUAACAAUGGCAAAGACCGAGGAGAGGAGGACCAGAGUCGAGAACAAAUGGCUUUGGAUGUUUGCAACAACAAGAGUAACCUGGAAGAUAGCUGUUUGUCCUGUGGUCGGAGAAACCCCGUGUCCUUCCACCCUCUCUUUGAGGGUGGGCUCUGCCAGACGUGCCGGGACCGCUUCCUCGAGCUGUUCUACAUGUACGACGACGAUGGCUAUCAGUCCUACUGCACCGUGUGCUGUGAGGGCCGCGAGCUGCUCCUCUGCAGCAAUACAAGCUGCUGCCGGUGCUUCUGCGUGGAGUGCCUGGAGGUGCUGGUGGGCACGGGCACCGCAGCAGACGCGAAGCUGCAGGAGCCCUGGAGCUGCUACAUGUGCCUCCCGCAGCGCUGUCAUGGCGUCCUACGGCGCCGGAAGGACUGGAACGUGCGCCUGCAGGCCUUCUUCACCAGCGACACAGGGCUCGAAUAUGAAGCCCCCAAGUUAUACCCUGCGAUUCCCGCAGCCCGAAGGCGGCCCAUUCGAGUCUUAUCCCUGUUUGAUGGAAUUGCAACAGGGUACUUGGUCCUCAAAGAAUUGGGCAUCAAAGUGGAAAAGUACGUCGCCUCUGAAGUGUGUGAAGAAUCCAUCGCUGUUGGAACUGUGAAGCACGAGGGCAACAUCAAAUACGUGAAUGACGUCAGGAACAUCACAAAGAGAAAUAUUGAAGAAUGGGGCCCCUUCGACUUGGUGAUUGGUGGAAGCCCAUGCAAUGAUCUCUCAAAUGUGAACCCUGCUAGGAAAGGCCUGUACGAGGGUACAGGCCGGCUCUUCUUUGAGUUCUACCACCUGCUGAAUUACACGCGCCCCAAGGAGGGGGAUGACCGGCCCUUCUUCUGGAUGUUUGAGAAUGUGGUAGCCAUGAAGGUUGGCGACAAGAGGGACAUCUCUCGGUUCCUGGAGUGUAAUCCAGUGAUGAUCGAUGCCAUCAAAGUGUCUGCUGCUCACAGGGCCCGCUACUUCUGGGGCAACCUGCCUGGAAUGAACAGGCCCGUGGUAGCAUCAAAGAAUGAUAAACUCGAACUGCAGGACUGCUUGGAGUUCAAUAGGACAGCAAAGUUAAAGAAAGUACAGACAAUAACCACCAAGUCGAACUCGAUCAGACAGGGGAAAAACCAACUUUUCCCUGUUGUCAUGAAUGGCAAAGAAGAUGUUUUGUGGUGCACUGAGCUAGAAAGGAUCUUCGGCUUUCCUGUACACUACACGGAUGUGUCCAACAUGGGCCGUGGUGCCCGCCAGAAGCUGCUUGGGAGGUCCUGGAGUGUGCCUGUCAUCCGACACCUCUUCGCCCCCCUGAAGGACUACUUUGCCUGUGAAUAGCCCUCCCAGGCACCCUGAGCCCAGGAGCACUGGGGCAUGUGGGGCAGAGCCAGGACCCAGUAGGUACAGCCCCAGCUCUGCCCUUCCUCUGCCCAGCAUUGUGGGGUCAUGCCACAUAACCUUGGCAGGAGUAGAGCUGAGUGUGACCCACUCCUGGCAGGGGGAGCCCAAGGUGCCACCUCCUUGUGCACAAUUCAGACCUGGCCGCUAGGAGCGGCCAAAGACGGUGCUCAUUUUGUCUUCUCUGAAAACUUAAAACUUGAAGUAGGUAGUAAGAUGGCUUUUUUUUCCCUCCUGGGUUUACUCCUCAGAGAAACAAUGGCUAAGAUACCAAAACCACAGUGCCGACAGCUCUCUAAUACUCAGGUUAAAGCUGAAAAAUCACCCAAGACAGUUAUUGCAAGACUUUAAUUUUUUUUUUUUUUUUUUUUUUAACAUCUGCAGCCCCUCAUUUCCAGGAGCAUGCAGUGGUAGACAUGUAGCUAAGGGACAUUUUAAGAGCCCUGGGUGUUUUUUUUCUCUGGGGCUAGCAGAAGAGGAAAGGAUGCCUGUCUUUCUUGAAUUUUACCCAGCACGUUCCCCUGGCCUCAGUGUAAAGGGCUGGGACCUGCUGUCGGUGUCCGUGUAGAGUAUUUUCCAUAAUGAUGAUGAUUUCAGCAGGGAUGACCUCAUCAUCACAUUCAGGGCUAUUCCUCCCCCCCUCCCCAAACAAACCCAAGGGGACAGCUACCCUUAGCUAAAUGCCCUCCCAGUGACUGCAAUAGAACCCUCAGGGGAGCUCAGGAAGGGGUGGGCUGGGUUAUCCGCUGCUGGAUAUUAUGCAGACAGGUGUGGCUUCUCUCAGUCUCCCUCUUCCCCAUGUCAAGGGAGCAGAGGAGGAGGCUUAGGGAAGGCAUCCCCCUCCACCCCCAAAAUGCACCCUCCAGACUACUCUGCAGGCACAGGUCCCCACAUGAGAGGACACCCCGAAUCCUCAGCCUUUUCCUAAACUGAAUAGCAGUGACAGCAGGGCAGACGCACAUUCCCCGCCCUUUCCCCUCAUCUAAGAGAUUGCAGGGGGAAAACUGCAAUAAAAAGCUCGACCCUCCCUCCAGAGAUUUUAAAGUCCUUUUGUAUCCCACGAGAAGUUUUUACGGGGAACGGGAGGUCGGGAAAGCUGCAUUUCAGAAAUGCUGUCCUAAUGGUUUUUAACAACUUUUACUCUUCUUAUUGGUGCUAUUUUGUAGAAUCAGGAACAACGUUGACAGGUUUUGUGGGAAUUUUUUAUACACUUUUUUUUUAAUCACAGACUUCUAUUUUUAUGUUUUAACAUUUUCAUAAAUUUUUUUUUUUUGUAACUGGAGCCACGUAACAAGCAUGGGGAAAAAUUGUGCCUUGUUUCAACAGUUUUGCUAAUUUUUAGGCUGAAAGAUGACAGAUGCCUAGAGUUUACCUUAUGUUGAAUUAAAAUCAGUAUUUCUCUAACAGUCUGGUGUCCCUUUCCUUCUUUGCAGGUCAGAUGGGUGGGACUUUGGGAGGGCCUGGU